GAUACGCAGAAAGGCAUGCAUAACGUUACAGCACUGCGUCUCAAUUUUAAUGACUCACUCCAAGACACAUUGUUAAGUGUGCCUUAUUUUGUUGCGUAACGUGGAAAUUACUUUUGAGUGCUUAAUUAAAGUGUGUAAGAUUCCAUUAGAUGUCGCCAUGCGUCCAUUGUAUUUAGGUAGUGGGUAAAAGAGACACACUUUUCGGCACAAAGAGUAGAUUUGUUACAAUUGGGUGCCGCAGCUUUGCCUGCUUCCAGUGGGAAGGACCUUAUUCCCUGGUCUUGCUCGAUCGAAAGACACAGUGACUUUUUAGCUAUGUGGUGCCUACGGUGACAGUCUUUAUUGUGGAUCCCCGAGGAUGCUGAGCAGGGCACUGAAAGAUUGCUGCCUGUGCGUGAGCGACGGCUGUUGACGUGUGUGGGGGAAGCCGCUGCGUGAUAACCGUAACAGAAGACAACGUCCUCGAGCUGUGCUGCAGACUAAGAUGUGCCAGUGUGCCUCUGUAUGCCUGUGGAUGGCUCUGAUUCUGGCCCCUUCCCUGAAAGCUAAGGUCACCGCCCCCUCCCAGCUGCAGGCUACACUGGGGCUCCCCUUCAUGCUGGCCUGUAAUGUCACCGUAGAAGACGGGGACAUCCUGAAACAGGUCCGUUGGCUGGACACCCACGACACGCCCAUCCUCCAUUAUCAGCCCGGGAGGGCUGGCAGCAUCACCAAGCAAGCUAGGGUGGACCUUCUGGACCAGCAAGUGCACACCAGUGCCAUCAGCAUCCAGCACGCCAAUGCCGGGGAUGAGGGCUGCUACACCUGUGUGUUCGAUGUGUAUCCGUCUGGGCAACAGCAAGCGAAGACCUGCCUCAUUUUGAUGGCAAAGGUGGAGUCAGCGGGCAACCGGACGGCGGUGCGGGGGAAGGCAGUGACGUUCUCGUGCACCUACGCCCACGCUGACCAGGUCCUGCAGGUCCUGUGGAGGAAAACGGAGGAGCAGGGCGACACAGCCCUGGUGGCCUCCUACACCAAAUGGGACAAUCUGUUGGUGGAACCACCCAUCCAGGGACGGGGGGAACUGCAGCCGUCCCUCAAGCAUAGCCAGCUGAGCAUCCAUCACGUCCAGACGGAGGACGAGGGCUGCUACACCUGCGAGUUCCACACAUACCCGCUUGGGUCAAGGAGUGCGACAGCAUGCCUGGCUGUCUAUGUCCUCCCAGAGCCUGAGGUGACCUCCACCCCGGUCAGACAAGGUGUGGUCCAGGCCAACUGCACCGCCGUGUCCCGCCCUCCCGCUAGGCUUCUCUGGAACGUGGAGGGGCACAACCGCACGCUGGGGCCAUCGGAGAUGUCGUCUGAGCAGCAGGGUGACGGCACCACGCUGGUGAUCUCCUCCAUCCUGCUACAGAGCAAACUUCUGGAUGAGGAGGACGUGACCUGUACGGCGCUCCACCAGGGCCUGGAAACCACCGUUUCUGUUUCCUUGGGCAAGGCCUUCUUUUUGUUUAGCCCUGUUGCUUUGACCGCUGUCACCUCUGGGCUCCUCUGUCUGUCAUGUGUCACAGCUGGGAAGAGCCAUGUUGCCCUCUUCUCACUUGCCUGCGUGCUGGUUUCUGUUCUGCUUAUCUGCCUGUGGGUCUGCCUGAAGAGGUGCUGAGACAGACUGACUAGAAUGAACCAUGAUGGAUGAACAGGCUGCUAUGACUGGACACUAAUAUUCACGUGACAUACAUAUACACAUUCAAGUGUCUUAUAUACAUGUAUGUGUUCAUAUAUAUAUAUAUAUAUAUAUAUAUAUUAUACAGUAUAUCUAACAGGACUAAUAGAUCCAUGGAAAAAUCCUGUCAUGUAACUGUAAUUUAUGAUAUAUGGUUGUAGAAUCAGGAGUAAACAUAAAUGUGGGGAAAAAAUGAGCUAAACACUGUCACUGGAAAGAUGAAACACUCCUUCUUUCCUGUAAUUGGCAACAAAGCCUUGUGUUUUUAUCAAGCAAGAACUUCCUCUAUGCUAUAAAAAACUUUCUUAUUUUGUUGAUGGUGAUUCAUUAAAUCCAAAAUCAUUCUUACCACAGGAAAACACAGUUUUGGCAGCGAGACACCUUUCUACCAAUUAAUACCCCCAGGUUUUUAAGUCCUGCGUGUGUUUCCUGCUCACGUACCCCCACUAGAGGGAAGCAGAAUCAUGCCGUGGAGGGGACUAACUCCUAUUGAUAGUCCCACAGACCGUCUGUGCCAACAGACUACAUUUAUUGGCAGAAUAUUUGUUUCAUAGGAAGUGUAUGUUUACCUUCAACUGACUUACCACUGAAAAUAAAUUACUUUGAAAAGUUAGUUUUAACACCAUGACAUUUUGAUAACAACUCAUUGUGUUAACACUGUGCAUUGUGUCUUGUUUUAUUGUUGGUGUAAUCUGUUUAUAAAUAAAGUGUCCCCACUAUGGACCUGA